AUGAAUAGAAAAACUGUUUUGUUGAAUUGUCUAGGUGCUAUUGAUGUUAUUGUUGUUAAACAAGAAGAUGGUACAUUUCUUUGUACACCAUUUCAUGUUCGAUUUGGAAAAUUAGGCGUUAUACAAAGUUCACAGAAAAGGGUAUAUAUAUCGAUCAAUAAUGAAACUGUUGAUCUGUGGAUGCAAUUGGGUGAGGCUGGCGAAGCAGUCUUUAUCGAUCAAACAAAUAUGACGGAUGAUAGGACAAAAUCAUCGAUCGAUGGUGCUGAGCGUCAUUUAGAACCGUCGGAUGAUAAUACAUUUCUUGAUCCGGACAAUGCAUUUUCAAACGCUGUUGCUGCAGCUGAUGGUGAACAUCAUACUCCUCUAACAAAUAUUGAUCGUUCUCCACAAUUUUUAAAUAAAAAAUCAGAUAUAGAAAAAACAGUGAACGAUCCAAAUACAUUAACUGUACCCACUUAUGCUUAUGAACAACCACAACAAAAACUAAAUGUUGAUGUUAUCAACUCAACUGUAAAAGAUAAUUCAAAUACUCAGAAUCAAAAUCAACUAACUAAUUCAAUAUCAUUUUCAACAGAUCCAUUCUCAAAUACGAUCACUGAAAUUUCAACUGGAAAAACUGAUCUAUCAAAAAAUAAUACAACAACAAGAAGUCCUCUUUCACAGCAAUUAUUAGCUCUUCCAAAACAACGUCGUCGUCGACGAGUGAAACGAUGUAAUACUAUAGCAUCAACAGUAAUGACAACAACAAAAUCUACUGAUAGUUCGAGUGAUGAUGACUAUGAUGAUGUCAAUAAUGGCAAUAAAACUGAAAACGAUAUACAAGUUAAAAAUGAAACAGCUGAAUGUAAAAUUGAUUUACAAACAACACCUACUGAUCUUUUGCAUUUAUUUCAACGGGCUGAAAAAAUUUUAUUAGCAAAUCAAAAACGUUUUGUAUUAACAUUACGCAAACAAAAAUCAGCAAUGCGAAAAAAAAAAUUAUCUGGAAAUAAACAACGUCAAAAUUCUACUAAUACCGAUUUUGGUUCUAGUAGUGGUUAUUAUAGUGAUGAAUUUAUUACUGAUUUAUAUAAACCACGUUCAGCAAGUAUUCAUCAUUUACAACAUUUAAUUCGGAAAAGUUCAAGUGAAAAUAAUUUAAAUUUUUUAUAUAAUCAUGAUUUAUUUGCCUUUUUACCAAAAAAUAAACAACAACAGCCACAUGUAGAGCCUUCGACACCGAUACCAGACAUUGCUGCACAGGAGCAACAGACAUCAACAAUGGCUGUGACACAGUCAGAAGUUGAAGAUGAUUUAACGCCAACUAAUAUUGGUAAAAGGAAAUCAUUCCAAGAAGAAGAUAAUAUAUCGUUACAAUAUGUUGAUGCCAUAAGUGUAAUGAGUAGAUUCAGCGGCAGUGAUUCAAGAAGAGUAUCCUUUCCAUCAACAUUAGACGGUGGAAUCAUGAUAGAUUCAAAUGAAAAUGAACAACAACAAACGGAAUCUGAACAAACAGACGAAUAUGAUAUUGAUUUGGAUAUGGAUGAAGUAAAACCAACUCAAACGACAUCCAAUCCAAUAGCAAUUAAUAUGUCAUUGUCACAAAACAGUAACGAAGAACAAUCAUCACCAUCAAAGCAUUUAACAUCAAGGAUUAAUAGUAACUCACACAUGCUUAUUACAGACAAUUUGCUAUCUAAAUCGGUGCCAGUCGAUAGUUCUAAGUACAUGCCGUUAUCGAAUAGUUUAAGAUCAGAUCAAUCAAGGCAAUCAUAUUAUUUUAAUGGAGAUUUUUUGGCAACAUUUAGCAAUUGGUACGGUUCAUCAAAAAAAUCGCCAAGUGACAUAUGUUUAGAUGACACAACAAAUAAUCAAUGUGAUCCAUCACUUUAUUCACCAAAACUAGAAAACACUCAUCGUCCAGAAGAUGAUCGAGACUCUGGCAAAGGCUAUUCAAUACCACAAUCACCGUUUCAUGAACAUGAAACAUCAUGUAUAUUAGGCGAUGCUCAACUAUCGCUCUGUGGAAAUUUAAAUAAUCCCUUAGCAAUAACCGAUGAUUUGUUUAACAAACACUUGGUUCCAUAUCAACAAUUUAUAACUAAUACAGAUAUUACUAAUAAUCCAAAUUUAGUUGUGAGGAUAAAUGGAAAAUAUUACAGUUGGGCUGUAGCAUCCGUUGUAAUGGCCUCUGCAAGUAUUUAUCAUGAAAAAUUACCACAAGAUAUAGUUGAUUCACUGCAGGAAAAACAUAUGAUCCCAAAACAAACAAAAACGAGACAUUCAAGUGAACGAAGCGGAUGGUGGCUGCCGUGGAGCAAAAAAAUUAAAACACCAACAGAUAGUACAACAAAAACAGUGACUGAUAAUAAUACAAAACUAAAGGAUACCGAAUCAAGCUUCCAAAGUCAAAAGUCAUUUGUGAAUAUAAAGAAAAGAGAUACAUCAAAAACUGAUGAUAGUGAAUUGGAAGAUAAUGAAGUACGAAACAUUAUAAGCAAUAUUGAAAACAAAGUUACAAAGAUUGAACAAGCUCAAGAACAACAACAAUCAUUACCAAUAUUUGUUCAACAAAAACCGGUUGGACGUAAAACAAUGAUAUUAUCAUCGGAUCAAUUAAAAAAAUUAAAUUUAAAAUUGGGAAAGAAUCCAGUACAAUAUUCUGUUACAACAGCUUUACAAGGCACAACGACAGUCGAAUCAAAUAUAUUUCUAUUUGAUUAUUUAACAAAAUUUGUUAUAUCCGAUAUCGAUGGAACAAUAACAAGAUCCGAUGCUCUUGGUCAUAUUCUUCCGUUAAUUGGUAGAGAUUGGUCUCAAGAUGGUAUUACUGAAUUUUUCGACGCAAUACAAGAGAAUGGCUAUCAAUUCAUUUAUUUAUCAGCACGAGCUAUUGGUCAAUCAAGUAUUACACGUGAAUUUUUAAAAAGUAUUAAACAAUGUGAUUGUACAUUACCAGCUGGCCCAUUGCUUAUUUCACCUGAUUCUUUAAUGACCGCCUUGUAUAGAGAAGUCAUCGCCAAAAAACCAGAAGAGUUCAAAAUAGAAUGUUUGAAAAAUAUAGCAAGUCUAUUUCCUAAUAAAAAUCCAUUUUAUGCCGGCUUUGGAAAUCGUAUCAAUUAUGCUUAUACAGCCGUUGGAAUACCUCUAACGCGUAUAUUUACAAUCAAUCCCCGAGGUGAAGUUGUACGACAAAAACUUCAAGCUCUUCAAUCAUCUUAUCGAAACCUGCAUGAAGUUGUCGAUCUUAUAUUUCCUCCCAUGGAUCAUGCGGCCAGUGAAACAUAUAGUACGUUCACCUUUUGGCGUUGUGAUCCAUUUCAGUUUGAUACCUCCUCUCAACAGAAAUUAGAAAGUGAAAUGCAAGAAAGUCUUGAUGAAUUAGAACAACAACAAUUUGCAUUAAAAGUAAAAGAAAAGACAACUGGUAAAAAUAAAAACAAAACACAGCCAUCAAUGACGACGACAACUAAUAAUGGUGAUAAAAUUACCAUUGCUCAAAAUGCUACAGGUUUAUCACCAUCAUCAAAUUAA